UCAGGUGCGAGACCAGGGGUGGAUUUGACAUUGGUUGCUUUGAUAGCUUCUGUACUAGUAGCAAGUGAUAACGGGGGUUUAGAGUUGAUUUCGACUCCCGCAGGGACGUAGGUAUUGUACGUAUAAUAUGUACCGGUGGCCGUUCCUUCGAAACCAGCGCCUGAUCCUUUCUUCCGAAAACUGAAAGUCGACUCUAUCCAAGUUGUCUACAACUUUUCCGACGGUUCAAAUCGAUUUCUUGCAAGGAUGCACAUUGAUAAAGACUUGAUACAUUCUUUGACUUACAGUUGUAUGACUUGACGAAGUAUAAUAGUUUCCCCAAGUUCGCUUGAAUACUCCCGCGUGAAUGACAUUGUUGCCGCCUGCUUCCAGUGGUGCGUUCCUCUUCAGAGAGCCUUCAUCAAGUCAUUAUCAUUACAUGAGAUGGCAUCUCAUUGACACAAUAACAACGCUCGAUUCCGAGAAGCCAAGUGAGUCGUACGGACGCACCUUCCCAAACCAAACAGCCAAACUGUUCUCGUCUUUUCCACUAUGAUGGAAACUAUCCAAUACCCCAUACACAGAGCCAAGAUGAAACGACGAUCCCUUGCUGCCGUGCUUUAUCAAAAGCCAACCGAGAGCACAGCUUCGGAGGAGAAAGAAGAAGAUGAUGAUCCAGAUACGACGGAGACCAUGACAUACGUGAACAUGAUACGGUCGUUACGGGAGAACGAUCCCAAAUUUGUAAACCUUGAGUUGCAUGGGUACACGGUGCCCAGCAGCUACGAUCCCUACGAUUUGAUACAAGCCCUUCGCAUCAACAAGACUGUUAGACACGUUGAGAUCUGGAAGGAGUUCCUUGUGGAUUUGUCGGGAGAACAGGGCCGGAACCUGUUUGAAGCCAUUGGAGAUCUUCCACGCUGCGAAACUCUCUUUUGCGACUUUCCCAACCCCAGAGAUGGAUUCCCUUUGCAGAUGCAUGCACUGACUUGUGUCUUGACGGGAUGUAGUCCAUUGAAGCAUUUGUCGUUGAGGAAUGUGGUAUUGGCCCGGCAUGAGCAAGAAGUAUCAGAAGCGCUACAGAAGCACAAGUUCCUGGAAGAGUUCCACGCCAAGAACUUUCUUCUGGUGAAUCGCAAGAUUACGCUGGAUCCACUUUUGCAAGCGCUCUCUGCCAUUCCAACGCUGAAGAUUGUGGAGAUUCGAAUGAAACGACGACAAUCCGGAGCUUUGACAAUCCGGCCUCUACGCCAAUUGUGCAAGUCCAAGAGUUUACUGGUGUUGAAACUGUGGCAAGUCAAACUCACCGAAGAGUUGGCAGUCCUUAUGGCAGACGCCCUUCGAAAGAAUGAAACACUCAAAGGACUGACUUUGUUUGACUGCGGUUUGACUCGGAAUGGAUACGAAGCUUUGUCACACAUGCUGCGAAUGAACUCUUCCUUGGUGGAGCUUCAGUUGUACGAUGAAGGCUUGGAUGACUCCUGUUGCAUGGCAAUUGCCAGUGGAUUGGAACGAAACUCUACGCUACAAGCUCUGACAAUGCAACCUCUUGUGCCAGUUUAUGAUUAUGCUGCAGCUGCAAUGUAGCUUGGAGAGAGGAAAUGAUGCCUGUGUGAGCAUUGGUUACAAGAUCGAGGAAGAGCAAACCAAUGAUGCAUCCAUGAUGACCCUCCCUGAAAAUGGUCUACGAGGGGCCAUUAUAGUAUGACUAUCAACCAAACAACAACCAGAAGGCAAUGCCGUCCUGAUAAGGUUGACCUAUAUUUCGUUUGGCCUUGGAAGAUACAAGGCAGUGAUGACAUUCCGUCCGAAGCGGAAAGGACAGGAAUCGAAUCUAGACUGCGCGGGGUUGCACUCUUAUUGCAAAGAAUCCUUAUACACAUUAAUUCAUAAAGGGCAUUCGCCAUGAGCCAAAAGAAGAGGUUCUAUAACUAGUAAAACUUUAAUACUUUAAGCAACCAUAUCCAACAGCUCA